AUGUUCGCUUAUGGUACUGCGCUCGAGGUGAAGCUCCUCGGGGAUUUGGAGAUCAUUUGCGGCUCCCGCGACGGCGAGGGCCGCUGGCUGGCUCUGGACGGCAGUGCCUACAUCCCCGCUGCCUGCAUGAACCACUGCCCACAGCUGCCGGACAACCUGGCGGCCGCCUCGGCGGGGCGAGACCCUGGCAGCGUCGCGGUGCUCCAGUGCAGCGCAGGCCAGAUCCCGAGCGGCGGCGACGCAACCUUGGUGUGCGGCAUGGACGGGCUUUGGCAUAAGCCACUGCAAACGAUGCCGCAGCCCCUCAGUGAGUUGCUGCAGUGCACCACGGACCCCAACUUCUGCUCCGACCCUGCGCCGUUGCUGGGCGAGGGCGUUGUGGCCCACGUCUCGGAGUUCCACCUGAACGCGACAGUUUUAGUGGAGUGUGACGUGGGAUACGAGCCAAGUGUGGGAGAAGCCACAGCAGUUUGUGGUAUCGACCCUUCGGACGACCGCAGAGGCCGCUGGGCGAGCCCCAGCAACAUCAGUCGCCGCCAGGUGCCUUGGAAACCUUUGGCCUGUCGCCUGAAGCAGAGCUACUGCCCCAUGUUCCAGAUGUCCCACGGCAUGGUGCUCUCUCUGUCUAAGGAGCGGUUCCUGGGCUCCGUGGCCAGCCUGGGCUGCGCCGAGGGCUUCCAGGCCCAGUCCGGGUUUUCCCAGUUCACCUGCGAGUCCUCAGCCUCCAGUGGCACCUGGCAGCACCAGGGCGCCGGCUUGGAGCAGCGGCUGCAGUGCGGCAAGGUGCUGGAGUACUGCCCAUCGCCAGUGCCACCAGAGGGCACUGCCUUCCACACCAGCGCCGGCUUGGAAAUGGACAGCGUGUUGACGUUCAGCUGCCUGCUGGCCUAUGAGCCCAACGUGGCCUUGGAGUACCCGCCAGAGCUCUUCUGCCGGCCAGGCCCCAUGAGUGGACGCGGGCGUUGGUCCUCCCGGGAUGGCAAGGGCAUCAACCCGGCAGAGUUCCUGUCGUGCCGAAAGAUGUACAACUGGUGCCCUCGCCUGGCGCUGCUGGAUGGCCGGGUCAGCAACUUGCAGCAGCACCGCCAGCUGGGCAGCACCGCGGAGCUGGCCUGCGGCCCGGGCCUGGAGAUGAAAUUUGGAGACACCAUCUUGGGCGAGAUCACGCUGCAGGUGAAUUGUACCAUCGGCACUACUGCUGGAGGCGUUUGGAUGUCGCCCGAUGGUCAAGACAUUGCAGGGCAGCUGAUGUGCAGCCCCCUGGACUGGUGGUGUCCACCUUUGACUGCUUACACAAUUGUGAAUGCAGACUACUUGGAGAUGGACCCAGAGCUGCGUACGAUCGCCUACAGCUCCCGCACGCGCGCGUACCGCUCCACCGCCAGCGUGCAUUGUCGACAGGACCGCCUGAUGCUUCACAGCUACGGGGACUCCAACGUGGUUUGUGGCCUCGACGCCGAGGGCAAGGGUGCGUGGCGCAGCUUGCGGGGUAUGCUGGCGGUCACCAAGCACUGCUACUUCACGGGCAGCCCCAUCUUCGACACCACCUUCAUUGAGAAUGGCUGCUUCAUGGGGGACUUUGCUGGCAACACCGAGAACAUGAGUAUCCCGGUCUGGUUCGAGCGCACCGCGGGCAUCCUGUUCUGGCAUCGGCCCAGCGAGUGGAUCGUGGGUUCCACGGUCCUCGAGGGGCAGCAUGGAGGUGGCAGGUGGCGAAUCCAGUGGGUGGCCGAGGGCGUCCUGAACGCCCGUGUGGACGCCGGCGUCGGGGAGCUGCAGAUGGACGUGACCCAGAACUUCACGAAGGGCCCGGGCGACUGGUUCCACAUUGCCUAUGUCUGGGAUUUGGGCGUUGGUUUGGCAGGCAUGGGCCGCAGCUACCUGUAUGUGGAUGGAAUGCUGGCUGACCCAGUUGAUGUGAACACGGAGAAGCUCACACACUUCAUUUGGGUAGAUCCAGAGGAUUUGCUGGACAUCGGAGGCAUCCACAGCCCCACGAGCCCUGGGGAGUACAGCAACAUCCGCGUGUACACCCGCGCCGUGCCCGAGGAGGAGGUCUGGGUCAUCUUCAGCUCAGAGGACCCUGCCUGCGGCAUGACGGACGACGUGUGCCCCACGCCCUGGUCCUACCGCUCGUAUGUGUCCCUGGUGACCAACCCUAAUGACGUCCGCUACCGGCUGUUUCCACGGCGCCCUGCUGCGGAGGUCUCCUUCACAUGCGAUCCCGGGUAUUCAGCCUUCGAUGGGGACGACCACAUCAUUUGCACCAACGCCGGCACCUGGCUGAAGCACGGCACCCAGGACUUGGCCAAGCCCUUCCGCUGCUGCCGACACUCGGAGCAGUACUGCCCGGACAUUGACCUCACCCAGAACCCGGGAGCCGUCCUGACUGCCACCGGCUUCAAUCUCUUCACGGAGUGUGAGGAAGAACCUACGGGCGGGCCCGAUGCAGGAUCCAUCGUUUACGGCGGCUGCCCUGAGCUCGUUCUGGCGCCGCAGGUGCUGCUGGAUUUGAGCGAUCUCUACAACAUCAGCAGCGUGGCCAGGCUGUCCUGCGAUGCGGGCUACGAGCCCUCCCGGCUGACGAUGGACACGGUGCUUGUUUGCCAGCAAGGCGUCUUCGAUUUGGCGACCUACAACGGGGAGGUGCCUGGCACGUGGACGACCUUGGAUGGGCGCGUGCCCAGGCCGCUGAGCUGCCGGGGCUUGCAGAACUUUUGCCCGGACCCGCAAGCGGCCAACGCGGAGCUGGUGUCGCUCUCUGACGGGCUUCGCACAGGCAGCAGUGCAGUUCUCUACUGCACAGAAGACGCGCAAACCUUGGAGGUCAUUUGUCAGAGGCUGGCCCCAUGCACAGACGCUCUGUGUCGAUGGAAG